AUGGCGGACGUGGCCGGGGCCGCAGUCGUGCGUGAGGCUGACACGGCGACACACCAGCUCGCUGCUGCCGAGCCCGAGCCACUCGACGCGGCCGCCCCCGAUGAUGCUUCUUCCAACGUGGACGAAGACAAUAGCAUUGCCAGCCAUACCACCUCCGACUCGAGCGCCAUCCGCAGAAACAUGAGUCCACACAUGCCCACAGGUGCCGGGUACAAGGUGCCACGGCGAGUCUAUUCCUUGGACCAAAAGGCCUUGAGCCACCAUGCCUCAGCCCUCGUGAUCCUGAACCGCACCACAUCUGGUAGUCUUGGCAGCUCCCGCAUCUCCAUCUCCUCAAACCGUGACCUGCGCGACAUGCGUGAACCCAACAGCCCGAGCCUCCCCUCCCCCAAUCAUGCCAGCCAUCGAUACAGCGCUGGCAGCUCCCUCGCUGCUGCUGCCAUGACCCUGGCUCGACUCCAAGCCGCCGACAGUGACGAGGUGUCCAUUUCCCCGUCCUCCUCGUCGCAGCCAUCCCGCAUCCACUCUCAAAACCACUCCCAAAGUCACUCCCAAAAUCACUCCCACCGCCCCAGCUUUGCCAUCAGUAGCGGUGAAGAGGUUCUCUCACCCGGUCCGCUUCACAGCGCCAAGAGCGCUCCCAACUCACCCCACCACCACAACCCUCACAUCAGCCAUGUACACAACUUCAAUCACAGCCUCAACAGCCUUGAUGUCGACGCCAGCACCGCCGCUCAGGCUGCCGCCCAGGCCGCCAUCAACUCCACUCAGCGACGCCCCGGGUCGGCCUCCAACCUCAACACGCCCAACAGUGCCAAUGCCAGCUUUGGCCUCACCUCCCCCACCCCCAGCGACGCCGCCGCCCUGCGUCAAAGCCUCACCUCACCCCUCUUUCCAGGCAACGAAGCACACUCCCGCCGCUCCUCCUCCAUCAACUCGCUCAUCAACUCGGGACUCGACAUCAUUACUCAGCCAAACUCUCGCUCACAAACCAGCCCAAACCCCAUGAGCCGCACCGCCAGCCUUGCCCGCCAGCGCUCCAACGUGCCAACCUCCACCCGCCCCAACAUUCGCCGCGUGGGGCGCUCCAACACUCGCAGUAGUGACCUCACUGAUGCCAACGGCGUCACAGCCACCAACCGCUCUCGCUCCCCCUCGCCCCCUUCUGACCAGCAAAACCCCAAUGGCCUUGGCGACAUCAACGAGACCAGUACUUCAGAUGACUCCAGACGGGGCAGCUGGAUCAGUGAACAGGCCAUCCGCCGCAUGUCCGAAGACGCCGGUUACCUCAUCCCCCACCACAACCGCACCUCCAUUAGUCGCGAGAGCAGUGCCGCUUCCCUCACAGCCUCCCAGAACCGCCCCUUUAGUAGCCACCUGGCUGGCGCCUUCUCGGCCACACCCUCCCUUCCCAGCACAGAAGAGGAAUACCUUGCCCCCAACCCGCCGCCCGCCGACGAUGAUGCGCUUGAUCUGCUGCUGCAAGCCCAAGAGCAGCGCCAUCUAGGACACUUCUCCCGCGCCAUCUCCCUUUAUAGUUCUGCCCUCAGCCUCGGCCUUCACACCCCCGCCUAUGCCGUGGCCGCCCAGCUCAACCUUGGCCUAUGCUUUGAGGCCAUUGGCACUUUCGACUCGGCGGAGGUUGAGUAUCGCAACGCCCUCAACCUGGCCCGCCAAGCCAAGGACCAGGGUCUCGAGGCUGAAUGUUAUUCUCACCUCGGCAUUGCCUUGGAAGCCCUUCACCGCCCCACUGAUGCCCUCGAAGCACACCUCACUGCCUAUUCCAUGGCCUCGGAGGCAGGCCUUUACCGACUUCAAUCCUCAAACGCCAGCAACAUUGCUUGUGCCCUUGUGAUCAACGGUCACAAGGAAGAGGCAAGUAGCGAUCCGGUUCUUCUGGGCAAACAUAAACAUGGUCUCAAAUGGCAUUUGACCGCCCUCGAGGAGCUUCAGCAAGCGUGUGGUGACCACCUUGACGAUGCCGACAUCAAGGAUCUUCAGGUGUGCCACUGCCAUGUGGGUAUCGUGGCAGCUGAGGCUGGCCUCUACGACAUGGCAGUCUUGCAUUUCUCCGAGGAGUUUGAACUUGCCAUCGCACAUGUGGACGCUUCGCUGGAAGCUCACCAGGAGCUUGUCGAAGUUGCAGAACGCUUGGUUCAUUUUCACAUUGUCUGCAACGCCUAUCCCAAGGCCGUCGACAUCUUGGAUCGCAUCGUCACCGUUUUACGCCCCUCAAUCCAGGAAAGUCAGCGCACACUGCAGAGUCACUCGCGCCGGCACCGCAGCAGCCAUUCUUCUAGCAAGCGCUUUGGCCGCUCAGCCUCCUCCGCCUCCAAUGAGAGCGAUGGCGCAACACCUAUCGAAGCUAGUCGUAGCCCCGAGCCGUUGGGAACCCCCCGUUCUCAAUCACAGGGCGCGUUGCCUGCAAUGAGCGAGGGCGCGGCAGCCGGUCCGGGCGGUCCCGCGCCUCUGCGCAAAGGCGGAUCAUCCAAUUCUCUUUUUGACGACCGACCCACCAUGCGCCUCCUCAAACGCGCCAGCAAGCCGCUCAUGCGCUUGGUGGAUCAUGCCGACUCGGGCAACGAAGACGUUCAAGUCGCAGUGUCUGCAGCCCGAAGCCACUAUGAACUCUUGGCAGACGUUCUCAGCAAUCUCGGUGCCCUUCACGUGAUGCUUCAGGACUGGGACAAGGCCAUGGAGGCCUACAUGGAACGGCGGGCUCUGUUAACCGCCCUCUGUGACCACGGUCCCGAGUCACUGGAAGACCAAGCCGACGUUAACAUGCGUCUGGGCCUCAUUGCUUUGGCUAAAUUCGACUACGUGCACGCCACCACCUUCUUCAAGAAUGAAAUGGAGAUCCGCAAUCUCGCGCGCGAUUCCGCAGGCCACGCCGUCGCCAUGACCAACUUGGGCCACGCCUUGGUGCGCAGCGGCAAUGUCGUGGGUGGGGCUCGCGUUCAAGAAAAGGCUUUCCAACUCUUUAGCAACUACUUGAACGACCCCAUCGGCAAAGCCCGUGCUCAUCGAGAGCUUGCUGCUGCUUUUACGGCGGCCGACUCUCCUGACAUGGCCAUCGAACACUACGAGGCGAUGCUAAGUAUCUUGAGUUGUGAGUCUGCUCCAUUGAUGGAAGGUGAUGCGCACUUGGAGCUAGGUGCCAUCUAUCUCUCCCUAGGCAACCCGGAUGCCGCCACGCACCAUUUUAGCACGUGCAUCGAGUUGGCUGUCGACAAUCAUCUCCCACGUCUCGAGAGUGAAGCAUUCCGUCAAUUUGGUAUGGGCUGUGAGCUGAUGAACAAGCUGGAGGCAGCCAUCGAGGCUUAUCGCACCUCCCUCUACGUGUGUCGCGAGAAUGGCUGUGACGCCACGCAACAUGUUGUCUGCUACUUGUCUCUCGGGAAUGCGUUACUGGACCAGUACAACUACAUGACCGCGCGCACGUGUUUUGAGCAGGCUUUGAGCAUCAUCCGACAGGGUAUGGAAGCCGACAUCUUAUCCAAAGCCGAGGCCCUUUGUGGUGCCGCAGAGGCCAGCUUUCAUUGUCUUGAGCUCGACGAAGCCAUCGCCUACUAUGAAGAAUACCUCACGGCCUUUGAGUAUCUUCCAUUCGAAGAAAAUGUGGCUUUGUUGGUGGCUUUGACCAACGUGGCGACGGCCUGCGCGCAAAGUGGUCGCCUCACUGAAGCUGCCAACUACCUGCAACGCGCCUUUGAGAUGGAACAGGCACAGAGCAGCGACCCAAGUGGAAUCUUGGAUGAUUGGCAGCACGGAUUCCGCCUUUCUCUCUAUGGAGACAUACUUCUCAACCUUGGUGAUACACAGGCAGCCGCCGAGCCUCUGACUCGGGCUAGGUAUCAUCUGCAGGUGGCCUACAGUCGUGAUCCCGAGGCACGCAUGGAUUACGCCAUGAAUCUGACCCGAAUUUCCAAGAUGCACUCCAUCCUGCACAAUCAUGAACGGGCAGACCAAUACACUCAUCUAACUGAAGAAUGUAUUUUUGAGGACGAGCAAUUUGUUCAUAUCCCAGAUCGCAAGCCCGAGGUCAUGCCGAUCUAG